GAAAUCGUGAUUUGACGCGAGGCUCCAAUCCUGUUCGAUGGUAGAGUAUCGCCGGAGGAAUAUUUUACACUCGAGCAGCUUUCCCUACGUGAGAGAGUACUGUAGGGGCACUACAGCUAUCAGAUUCCAGGAUGGCAUCCGAUGAGGGGCCUUGAGAACACAUAAUGUAAGCGGUGUUGAGGCUUCUCGCAUGAAUCCUGCCACUAGUGGAUUCAAGACGCCGUACAGAAUUCAUUGAAUGCUUUGCAUUCAGAAAAAAACAACAUGAAUCAUCCCACCUACACGACGCACAUGGAUCUGACAAAUCUGAUUGAUAAGAAGGGACAUAAAAACCAACAACAACAUCUUUUUCUCACUCUUUGAAUAAUUCUUGAAGCAAAUAUAUACUAUUCCUUUUCAUCACUCAUUGUCCUUCUUCAAUCAUGUCUUUUAUCAGUGUCAACAUUGCGCUGGUAUGCAGUGCGUUCGAUAAGGUCGCCAUCCCCCUUUCCUUUUCUCUCUGCCCGAAUUCGGAGGGCGAUCCCAGCGAGACUAACGUUUGCUAUCGUUUGGAAUCCCUAUCUCAAAAGAAGCUCCGGCCCGGCUACGGAUACGUGCACUGCACCCUCGCGCAGUUGUGCAUCCGGGCGACGGAGCUCACAGAGGUCAAGGAUGCGGCGCGAAAGGUGUGGAACGUUCACCGGGAGGCCUCGGAGGAGUCGAAGGAAAAGCUCGAACUAACGGGCAUCCAUCCGGGCCCGGUGUUUGGAACGACGGCGACGGGAAAGGAAAUCCGUUUGCCGUAUAUCUCGGUAACUUGCUCCGACGCCUUAAUGGCACUCCAUAGUGAUAUGCUUGAAAAAAUCAGGCCCUUUCAGGUUAAGUUGAGCUCGAUGAAGGUGGGUAAAUCGGCCUUCCACAAUUCCUUCCCGGCGGAGGACAACGCGAGCGUGGAAUGGAUGAUUGACUUUUACGAAAAGAACUCGCUAGAAAACUACAACCCCCACGUCACCCUUGGCUCGACGCAGGAUCCAAUCGAUAUGAACCUAGUCUACUUUCAGAAAAUGCAGCUUCCACUGCACGCAUGUGGGUUGGUAGUUAGCCAUAUGGGGAACUACUGUUCUUGCUUUGAAUUGUUAUAA